AUGUCUGGAUGGGUAAUAGCUGCAAUAGAUGCACUCAACUACGUGAGUGCAGUAAGCUUCACACCUGAGAACGACAUCCCAGAUCUGAUCGGGAAGGUCGUCUUGAUUACGGGCGGAAAUGCAGGCUUAGGUAAAGAAACGAUCCUCCAGCUGGCCAAGCACAAUCCGGAGAGAAUUUUCCUCGGUGCGCGUUCAAAAGCAAAGGCGGAGGAUGCCAUCGAGUCGGUGAAAUCAUCCGGAUCAGAUGAUGUCGAAAUUGUCUGGAUACCGUUGGACUUGAUGUCAGGUAAAUCGAUCAAGAACGCAGCGGAGCGAGUCAACGCUCAGUCGUCUCGUCUCGACAUCCUGAUUCUCAAUGCUGGUGUGAUGGCCCUGCCUCCUGGCGAAACAGAAAUGGGUCAUGAAAUCCAGCUUGGCACGAAUCAUACCGGACACUUCUAUCUUACCAAAUUGCUGCUGCCAAUACUGCUCAAGACGGCUGAGGAGCCGGGCUCGGAUGUCCGCGUCGUGUCGCUCGCUUCUGUGGGGCAUAACUUUGCGCCGGCAUUUGAGAAUAUCUUGGAUCAAGAGAAGCUCAAGAAGGCCAAUACACUUGCUCGGUAUGGCGCGUCGAAAGCUGCCAAUAUUCUCUUCGCUGCAGAAUUGAGCAGGCGGUACCCGUCAAUAACGUCGGUCGCUGUUCAUCCAGGUAUUAUCGUAACGAAUUUGUAUGACGCUUUAAAUUCGAGAUCCGUCUUCACUGCCUUGGGUUCUAAGCUUCUGCGUUUAUCGAGCUCGACAGUGCGCCAGGGUGCGUGUAACUCGCUGUGGGCUGCUGUUGGCGCAAAGAAGGAGGAGCUCACCAAUGGAGGUUAUUAUGUUCCUGUUGGAAUUUUGAAACGUCGAAACACGUGGGCAUGCAAUGAGGAUAUGGGAAAGCGAUUAUGGGAGUGGACUGAGUUGGAGCUCACAAAGGCUAAUCUCUGA